AAAAUCUCUCCUAAUGUUCAUAUUCGCUUCGAGGGACAAUAUGUCAACAGCUCGGCAAGAUGCAGCAUCAACACCACGUCGUAAUCGAUACACGAGGUCAUCGACGAGUGUUACUCAAUUGUUGAGCGAUUCCUGUACAAGUCUCCUGCAAAGAUUGACCACACGAGUACGGGGGCCAUCAACAGCCACCGAGAAUUUAAAUAAUUCCGAGAGAAAGACACCAAUUUUAAAUCGUCGUGCAAGUACAAGAAGUCGUUUCGAGGACAAGUACACGGCAAUUCUCGAUCGUUACACAAAUUAUCGUAAACGUGACGACGAUCAUUCGCGACGUGAUGCAACAACGCCAAAGAAUCGCGAUGAAAAAACCCUCGAACCAUCAGCACAAAGAACAAUUGUUAAGAGUCCAAGAGCAAGUGUUUUACUCAGUGAAAAAGCAUAUCCCUACGUCACUGGCGGCAGUACAAGUACUCGAACAUUUCAAAUUGAUAAAACACCCUAUCAUCAAUAUGGAAGGCAUAAAUCCGGUAAUUCCGAGUCGAGACGAUACAAAAAUCGACCGAAUAGAAGUGGUAAAAGUGAACAAUUAGAAGGCACAUCCCAUCCAUUGAGAGAGUCGAGAAAAACAAUUGAUGUUGAUACGAAAACAUCGAAGGCAUUAAUGAGAAAGGAUUUUGCACGCAAGGAAUUGGAAAUGAGGGAAUUUGUACGUAAGGAAUUGGAUAAACAGGAAACUGCGCGUAAAGAAUUGGAAAAAGAGGAAUUUCUCCGUAAAGAAUUGAAUAAAAAUAACAAUAAUAAUAAUAAUGAUGAUGUUGAUGAUGAUCCAGAGAAAACACCAAUUGCUAAUAAUGGAAUUGAAAAUGAUGUUGAUAAUGAUCCGGUUUUACGUGAGAGGGAAGCGCGAAGAAAAGAAAUACAGAGUUUAAUAUUGAAAUAUGCCGCAUUGGAUGAGGUGUACAAUAAAUUUGGAAAUUCUGGCGAGAAAGAAGAGCAGAGUACUGCCGAUAAAAUAGCCAGCAAGUAUCAGAAGAAUAAUUUAAGGAAUGAGAAUAAAAUCGCGAAUACGAGCAAUAACGACGCGGAAACAGUGACGAAUUCGAUUAGCCCACGAGCACCCUCCGUCGAGGAUGACGAAGACGGCCACCUUAUUUACCAAACCGGCGACAUCCUGGCAAAUAGAUAUAAGGUACUCGCCACCCUUGGAGAGGGUACUUUUGGAAAAGUUGUCAAGGUUGUCGACAUGUUAAUGGAUCAUGUGAUGGCGCUGAAAAUAAUCAAGAAUGUGGAAAAAUAUCGAGAGGCUGCUAAACUGGAGAUCAACGCGUUGGAGAAGAUCUCGUCGAAAGAUCCAGAGGGUCAACACUUGUGCGUCAAGAUGUUGGAUUGGUUCAAUUAUCGUGGUCACAUGUGCAUUGCCUUUGAAAUGCUUGGUCUCAGUGUCUUUGAUUUUUUGAGAAAUAAUAAUUAUCAACCCUAUCCAUUGGAGCAGGUGAGGCACAUAGGGUACCAACUUUGUUACUCCGUCAAGUUUCUUCAUGACAAUAAACUGACGCACACGGAUCUCAAGCCAGAAAAUAUUCUUUUCGUUGACUCUGAUUGUGAAGUAAUCAGUAAUGGUAAAAAGCGAAAAGAAGUUCGACGUGUGAAGAGGACAGACAUCAAACUCAUUGACUUUGGCAGCGCUACUUUCGAUCACGAACAUCACAGUACAAUUGUCAGUACAAGGCAUUACAGAGCACCAGAAGUUAUUUUAGAAUUGGGAUGGACUCAACCGUGCGACGUGUGGUCCAUUGGUUGUAUUCUCUUUGAAUUGUACCUGGGUAUUACUUUAUUCCAAACUCACGACAAUCGCGAGCAUCUGGCAAUGAUGGAACGAAUUCUUGGACUAAUUCCAUACACAAUGGCUCGCAAAACUAAGACCAAAUAUUUUUAUCACGGAAAAUUGAAGUGGGACGACAAGAGUUCUGCUGGUAGAUACGUCAGGGAUAAUUGCAAACCUUUGCACCGCUACAUAUUAUCGGAAGAGGACGAUCACAGACAACUUUUCGACUUGAUACAACAAAUGUUGAUCUACGAUCCCUCUCAAAGAAUAACCCUAAAGGAUUCAUUGAAUCAUCCAUUUUUUGAUGCACUACCAGCGUCGCAAAAAUUGACAGACUUGAGAGCUGCUGGUGAUUCACAGCAGACGUACGAACGGUCUCACUCGCUUUCUCGAUGAAGCUAGGACAGGGACCGACCUCCAUACCAAGCAGAUACUCCCAAGAAGAAUUUAUUAUUAUUUUCUCGACUAAAUAAUUUCAUCAAUAGUAUCGUUCGAUCAUACAAGUCAUUCAACUAUAGAAUUCGAUGACGCCUUUUUAGAGGUGCUUCUGUUUUCUUUUUAUUUACAUUGUUAAGGUAAGAAAAUUAUUUUUCUUUUUUCUUUUGUCUAUACCUUUGAAAAAUAAUCAAAUUCUCUUAUGAUUUUUUUAUUAAUUGAUUUUGUUUAGUCAAACUUGAAAAGUAAAGAAAAAUUCGAAAUUGUAGAAAUUGAAAAUCAGAGUGUCUGCUCGGUAAAGUGAAACCGCGUCCCACUAUUUUGAUAGUGAAAUAUUUUAUAAACGCUACUCUGUACAUUUUAUCUUGUAAUUUUAUUACGACGUUACAACGAGGGAGGUUUAGAGAAAAUGAGAUUGAGAGUGAGUGUCAGUGAAAAAAAAAGAAACAAAACAAAACAAAAAAAAAAGAGUACGUGAUAAUUUGUAUGUUGAAAGAAAGCCGGUCGUUGAGUUUGCGAAUUUAAACUUGAACGCCGGAUUGGAUAAAAACAAAAAUUUUGUAUAGGAUAAUAAACUAAUUUUAGAAAGUCUUAGUUAAAAAGAGAAUCGAAUGAUAAUCGUUUAAAAAAAACAGCGAGCACUUGAGUGUUUUUUGUUAAUUUUUUUUUUUUGUACAAAAAAGUAACUUGCCAAUGAUAACGAAAUUUUUUUCGUAACAAAUUCCUUUUUUUUUAUUUCUUUAUUAUUUUUUUUUGUCUCGACAAAUAAUCAUCGGCCAUAAAGAAAUAUGAAAUUUCUUACACAGAAAGAAGAGAAAAAUUUAAUUUUUUAAAGAUUAUCGGAAAAACCAAUUUCGAUGAACAAUCGUGUGCUCAUCGUGAUAAAUAAACAAAUGUAAACUUUUGUCUUGUAAAUACGACUUGGGUAAAAUUGUACCUAUUCGCUACGUCAUGUUUAAGUAGUUUGUCAAGUUGUAAUGUACGAUAUUUCUCCUUUAUUUUUAUUUAUUUCCUUUCUCUCCGCGUUUACAAUCACAUUAGGAAAAAAAAUAGGAAUCUUAGAAAAUGUUUUGUCCCUAAGCGAGAAUUUUUCUCAUUUCAAUAAUAUAGAAAUAGAAUUUUUUGAAAAUAGUACACAAAAGAAUUCUUAAAUGUGAAAAUUGUUGUAAAUAAUUUUGCCGCAAAAUUUCACGAGAUCACAAAUUGUAUUUUAAACUUGAUUAAAAAAAUGUACUUUUAUCGUAAUUGAAUAUCAAAUAUAUUCAGAUUAAUUUUGUA